AUGAAAGCAGGCGUUGUCCACUGCCGUUGUUCAAAAUGCUACUUGGUUCCAGCACGGAAGCGGGUCCGUAAACGUUCUCCAGCCCUGACCUUGCUUUCCCUACCUGAGGAAAUAGUUCUGUGUGUCCUCCAGUGUCUCUCUGCUGAGGACCUGCUGUCUGUCAGAGCGGUUCAUUCCCAGCUGCGGGACAUUGUGGACACACACUCCAGUGUGUGGGCCAGGGUCAGUUUCAGAGACAGGUGGCCAUCUCCCAACACCUUAUGGCUAUUUGAAAGAGCUGCAGAAAAAGGAAACUUUGAAGCUGCUGUGAAACUUGGAAUUGCUUAUUUAUACAAUGAAGGACCGUUGCUGAGUGAUGAGGGGCGAGCGGAUGUAUGCGGUCGAAAAGCCUCCCACUUCUUCAGUUUGGCGGAGAGCCUACGCUCUCCCAGAGCCGAUCCCUUCACUUGGGUGUUCAUCCGUCCGCCGUGGUCGCCCACUGGCAGCUGCUGCAAGGCCGUGGUGUUCGAUCGCCUCAAGGCUGAGUGUGAUAACAACAUGGAGAAGAGGGGCCCGUUGUUGCACUGCCUGGCCAGAGUGUUGCUGCUCUUUGAAGAGGAAGAAAAACGCUCAGAUGCCGUAUCUUUGCUGGAGGAGUCGUCACAGGCCGGCUGUCUGCUCAGUUCCUAUCUGCUGUGGGAGCACAGCCGCAAAGCUGCUAUCGCAGACCCUGGCAGGUACCUGCAGUGUGUGCGGACUCUCAGAGACUAUGCGGGCAAAGGAUGCUGGGAGGCACAGUUGUCUUUGGCGAAAGUGUGCAGCAGUGGGAAUCCACUGGGUUUGGAGUCCAAAGCCUGUUCUGACAUCGUGGCCCAGGUUUUCAAUACUACAAAUCUGGAGCAACGCUGUGCUCAGGGCAUCCUCAAUAGAGGCAUCAAAGACACCAUGAGGUACAUCCUGGUUGACUGGCUUGUGGAGGUGACCACCAUGAAGGACUUCUCCAGUCUGACACUACAUGUGACCGUAGGUUGUGUGGAUCGCUACUUGGCCCUGCGCUCUGUCCCCAAGGCUCGUCUGCAGUUACUGGGAAUUGCCUGUAUGGUGGUUUGUACACGGUACAUCAGUAAAGAAAUCCUGACCAUUCGUGAAGCCGUUUGGCUCACAGACAACACAUACAAAUAUGAGGACUUGGUUCGAAUGAUGGGAGAGGUUGUUUCUGUGCUGGAGGGAAAGAUCAGGAGCCCCACUCUGCCAGAUUAUGGGGAGGUGCUGCUCUCUCUGCUCCCCAUGGAGAGGAGAUCCACUCACCUGUUCAGCUACAUCUGUGAGCUGUCGCUGCUCUACUCCGCUCUCUCCACGCCGCCUCCUGCCAAACUGACCUGCGCUGCACUUCUCCUUACACGGGCGCUGCAUCACUAUGGUCCCGUCUGGCCCACCUUGUUAUGUGACUACACAGGCUUCUCCAAGCAGGACCUGGUUCCGCUUUCUGUUCUGCUUUAUGUCAAGUGUUUCAGUCAAGAUAUUCCCAAAGACUACAGACACAUGUCUCUGACUGGUGUUAAGCAACGCUUUGAAGAUGAGAUGUACCAGCAAAUCAGCAAGGAAAAGGUGAUGGAAUUUAAAGAGCUCUGUCAGAUCUUAGAAAUUCCUGAAGUCGAACCUCAGAUGGAGCCUCCCAGUCCCAGUGGUGGUCAACCAGCAGACAUCCACACCUUCCUGGCCUCCCCAUCAAGCACCAACAAGAGGAGGCGUGACGACAGCCCGCAGGCCCACAGGGACAGCUUGGUGACCACACCCACAGCAGAGCUGUCCAAUCAGGAGGAGAUGCUGCUGGGAGACAUCCUGGACUGGAGUCUGGACUCCUCCAGCUCCGGUUAUGAGGGGGACCACGAGGAAGAGAGCGAGGGGGAGAAAGAUAAUGAUUCUUCAGUGGUAUCCAUCAAACUGCACCCGCUGACUGAUGCAGACAUUGGAGGAGAACACUGCAGAGCUCUGUCCAGCGACGAAGACAACAGCUUCUGUGAAGCACAAGACGAGGUGAACAAAGAUCUCCAACAACCCCUCUCCUCAUCUGCAGACCUUUGUAGUUCAGGAUACUCGUCCGUCCAGAGCGUUAGCCCCUCGUCUACAUGCUCAUCGUCCAACUUCACGCCUUGCACAUUCAAGACUUUUACCACCUCCCUGCGUGCGGUCUCUGCUAACGCUCAGCCAGGUUUCCGCCUCUUGGUGCCCAUGCAGAGGCCCAGGGGCAUCUCCACCAAACAAGUGAAAAGGAAGAACAUAGCAGCACACAGUGGAGGUGAGGUGGAAAGAGAAGAAGAGGAUUUGGAAGAAGAGAUCUCUGCCAGUGCAGGGUUUCUGAGCCUGUAG